CUUCAACAACACUCGCGCGCUUCUCUGACAGAAAAUAGCGUGAAAUGUGCAACUUCACCAGUCCAAAGUCACGCGUGCAGACACGAAAGUCAAAUAAAAUGAGUUUAAAUGGUUCUCCUGCGACGGCAGAUACGGGUUGUUAGUUCGAUCCGGGCGGGUUUAGUGUUAGCAGAGGAAUGUUGAGGCGAACUCUCUUCAGAUCUGUGGGAACUUAGCGUUUCUGUCGUAAUUUUGGCCUGUGGAACCCAACAGUUGCUGUCAGAGGAUCAGGUGUUCUUCUGUCCGUGUUUUUGUGAAUGUAUCAGGUCAGGAUGGGUAAUGCUGUUCAGGAACGGCAGGGGGCGCUCACGCAGGGUGAAGUUCUGCCACGCCCCUCUUCCAGCCAAUCAGAGGGUUUUAAACAGGGUCGAACGGUCCUGAACUCUCUGCUGUCGGGGGCUUUCGCAGGCGCUGUGGCUAAAACAGCCGUUGCUCCUCUGGACCGAACUAAAAUCAUCUUCCAAGUGUCAUCAAACAGAUUCUCAGCUAAGGAGGCAUACAGGUUAAUAUACCGCACGUAUCUUAAAGACGGAUUUUUCAGUCUGUGGAGGGGAAAUUCUGCCACUAUGGUGCGAGUUAUUCCAUACGCUGCCAUUCAGUUCUGUGCACACGAACAGUACAAGAGGAUUCUGGGACAGUAUUAUGGCUUCCAGGGCAAAGCUCUGCCUCCUGUGCCACGGCUGCUUGCAGGUUCACUGGCGGGCACCACUGCUGCCAUGCUCACAUAUCCACUGGACAUGGUCCGCGCUCGCAUGGCCGUCACACCUAAAGAAAUGUACAGUAAUAUUCUGCACGUGUUUGUGCGGAUAUCACGUGAGGAGGGCUUGAAGACGCUCUACAGAGGAUUUACUCCCACUAUACUGGGUGUGGUACCGUACGCAGGACUCAGUUUCUUCACCUACGAGACACUGAAGAAAAUUCACGCUGAGCGAACGGGCCGCUCACAGCCGUACUCAUACGAGCGUCUGGCGUUCGGGGCGUGCGCGGGGCUGAUCGGUCAGUCCGCCUCAUACCCGCUGGACGUGGUGCGCAGGCGAAUGCAGACGGCGGGUGUCACUGGACACACGUACGGCACCAUCGCGGGCACCAUGCGGGAGAUCGUGGUGGAAGAGGGCGUGGUCCGCGGUCUCUACAAGGGUCUGAGUAUGAACUGGGUCAAGGGUCCGAUCGCGGUGGGCAUCAGCUUCACGACCUUCGACCUCACGCAGAUCGUCCUGCGCAAAUUUCAGCAGUUGGGUUAUAAUGGUCGGUAACGGUGACUUUUCGGUGUGAUGUCAUCGGAUGACGCGAGAACACUCGUGUGUGACAUAACAGAGCUUGUGGUGCAGAAACGGAGGAGAAACUCUUUUAUUUUUUAAUUCGAGCAAAUGCUGCCGGUGAACAGAAGAGGAAAGGUGUGAUGUCUUUCGCCGAUCGUUUUAAUACACGUGCUGGAUUGUGAUAUUAUAUGUACAGAUUUUGGUUUUGCCAUGCAAGUGUGUGUGAGUCGCGGUUCUGUAAGUACAAUAUUAUCUGUUCUGAAUGUCUCUCUGGAUACGUGAUUCAGUUUGUCUUACAGUAUUCUCCUCUGUGAGCUGCGUGAAGAUGUUUUAUUUGUGGAACGUCAGAGGCCUUCAUGAAACAAAAACACAUGUAGAGUUUACAGCACGUGUGUGUGUUUAUAUGAAUGAUAUUUUAGUAUUUUGACUGAAAAAUGAAACCUGUUUUCACAGGCGUUAAGAUUUGUCAUGACAUUAAAGCUGAAUCUGUCUUUACUGUCAUGAGUCAUGGGGGUGUCAAGAUACAUCGUGGUGUGACAUAUAGUGAAACAAACAAAAAAAGAUAUGAAUCGUACAAAGCUAUUUUUUUGUCCAAAUUCAGUUUUAGUUUUCAGAGUGACAAAUUUAAUUUUUAAUAAUUUACACACAGUAGGUUUGGUUAAGCCUUGAAUGUCGUCAAUUCUUUAACAAGCUGUAUAGAAAAAGUAUUAUUGAAUCGAGUAAAGUCUGUUAUUUUAAUUUCAACUUGCCCUGUGUAUUGUGGAAGUGUGUAUCAUUGCACCCCAGUCAUGAACUUAAUGUCACAGUGUGAGAAAUCUUAAUGACCCUAAAAAAUAGGCUUCAGUAUCAGAUUUUGAAUUGUGGGCAAAAUUUUAACCAAACAGGAUUCACUAGACUGAUAUUCACACUUUUUAGUGACUAAUCAUAACCAAAGAACGUAAUUUGAUCUACGACAGGAGACGUGUGUGUAUGUGCGUGUGUGCGUGCACUUUCGUGCAUCACACAGACUGAUCAAUGAUGUGUGUGUGUGCGUGUUGCUGGUGAUGUGUAUUUUGUGUUUUGCAUUUGUCUGCAGUCCUUAAGUGCCUAGACAAAGAUACGACCCAUGAACAAACUGACUUCAUCUCAUGCUGAUGUAUGAACACUUCAAACUGGUCUAAUAUAUUAGCUUACAUUCAGCUUGUUGUUAUUCUGUUUAUGAAAAAAUAUUGUUGUGCUAUUUGUAAAAAAAAUACAUAAGAAAUGACAGCAAAAAAUGUUCGAAACGGGUACUGGCUUGGUCAUGAAGAAAUAGUUCACCCAAAAAAAUGUGGAUUCUGUCAUCAUUUCUUUAACCUCAUGUCAUUCAGAAUUUUGUUUGGAUUAAAACACGUGCAGUUGAUUUUAUAAAUGUGUAAGUGCUGUUUUUAGAUUCUGACAGUCCUGCUUUCAUUCAGAUGUAAAUGGAAAAUAACCAGAAGCCAGGAUCAUGUGAGUUUGAAAGGACAUGAGGGUGAGUGAAUGAUGACACAGUUUUCAUCUUUCAGUGAACUGUUCCUUUAAUUGAUGUUUUAUUUAUGACGCAAAAACUUUAGAGACAGUAUUACAGAUGUAAUCUGGUCUUUAUUAAUCUGGUAGAUAUUUGGAUUUCAUUACAGAAUGUGACCUGGACGAUAAUGUGAUGACAUGUUUAAGAGUGACUGAAGUGUGAUGUGUUUUUUUCUGGGGUCACAGUAUUUAUUCUGACACAUCACAUCUCUUACUAACCAGACAAUCACAUAACACUAAAGCACAAUGUCCUAAUAUCUAUAACCAGUCCUAAAUACAUUUAAAAUAUAAACUAACACCUAUACUGAGAUUGUUAUUUUCAAUUUAAAGAUCGGAUGAGGUUUAAUUGAAACGUUAACAAAACAGAGAUUGUAGAUCAAGAUUUAUUCAUUUGGAGUUGACUUGAGUUUAUAGUGUUUUGGAAGCAGCAUUUCUAAGGUAUACCAUCACUAAAAUCUCUCAUUUUGAGACCGUUUUUGUCGAUUUUGUGCCAAAAUGAAUGUAAAUUAAACUAAUGAUGUAAUAAUUGUUCUUUGUUCGUGACUUA